AUGUCCAACAAAAACAAUAACAACAAUCGCAAGGAUGACGUUGAUCUUCUCAAGAUUGUGGAGUUGAGAUCACAGCAAGGAAAUUCAGAAAAUUGUCAAGGAAAUGAUGAAUCUGAAGAAACUCUAGAUGAUCCUGAUCGUUCCUUGAGCCGUCCUUCUCCUCCUUUGCCUCGUCUUGCCACUGCUGCUGCCCCUCUUCUUCCAAUCUUCACCACCACAAGUGGCUUUCUUGUCAGCGAAAGAACUGCUGCUGUCGGUUUUGAAACAGCUGGAGACUUGGAGCUAGUAGAGCUCACCAAAAAAACCAACACAACAUUACAAAUGAGCGACAACAGCCACAACAGAACCACAAAAUUUGCACAGGUGCCACAACAAGCCAUUCUAACAAGGCAAACCUAA